AUGGAAUCUGCCGUGUCCCUCUCCACGGUCCAUCUACACCUUAACACAAACAUUUAUGACAACGACAGCAGCGUCUGCACGGGCCGAGGCGUCCACCCGCAUUACCCGAACGCUGUCCAUAGCAGACUCCAUAGCGCCCUGCUGGGUGUCUCUCUGGGCUUCCUCUCCCUGCUCACCAUCAUAAUGAACAUGCUGGUUCUUUACGCUGUGAAGAAAGAGAAGAGCUUACACACGGUGGGGAACCUCUACGUUGUUAGUUUAUCCGUGGCCGAUUUGAUCGUCGGCACCACGGUGAUGCCGCUCAAUCUGGUGUACCUGCUGGAGGACGAGUGGAAGCUGGGCAGGGCCGUUUGUCAGUUUUGGCUGAUUAUGGAUUAUGUCGCGAGCACCGCAUCAAUUUUCAGUUUGUUUAUUCUCUGUUUGGAUCGGUACCGCUCUGUCAGACAGCCGCUCAAAUACCUAAAGUAUCGAACACGGGGGAAAGCGAGCAUGAUGAUAUCUGGGGCCUGGUUGCUGUCGAUGACGUGGAUUGUUCCUAUUUUAGGAUGGAGGUCUUUCACCCGUGUAGAACUUAAACCCGAGGAGGAGAACAAGUGCGACACGGAUUUCCGCUUCGUCACGUGGUUCAAAGUUAUUACAGCUGUCUUGAAUUUUUACGUACCUUCAGUUUUGAUGCUUUGGUUUUACACUCACAUCUACUUGGCAGUGAGGCAACACCUCAAAGACCGAGAGAGGAUCAUCCAUCCGGUGGAUUCAUUCGUGGAAAAUGAGAAUGGGCAGAAUGCUCGGACAUUAAAUGCCUCCAAGUCGCCCGAAAUGGAAUGUGUGGCUCCGAUAAAACUGUUUAAAAGGCAGCUCGACCAGAAGCUUCUAGAUCAGACGUACUCCCUGGAGGAGUUUGAGAAGGCCAAAACUGCCCUUUCCAGAUCACACAGAAAAAUCGGUGCUCAAUGUCCGGAGCCGACAAAACAUCUCGCAGUGUCGACCAAACUAGGAAUGGUCUCCUUAUCCCCUGAGGAGAAGAACCAAGAAGCUGUUCCUCUCAGUCCACCUUCCUUACAAGCAGAAAAUGUAAUUUCAGAAGCGAACCGUGAAUCGUCUUUGAAUGAAUGCCACGUCACAGUGCCAAACUCGGUUGUUGCCGUCCGUGACGUCAAUCAGGUGCAGAGGUAUACAUCCGUGGCCUACAACGCCUACGACCCCAGUCAAACUGUACUGUGGUCCGCCUCCGCCGACAACCCGGACGAGCCAAACGAGGUGACUCUGAGACAAACCUGGCAACGGUUCGUCGAACACUCCAGAGAAAGGCUUCAAAGUCUGAGGAUCCACAAGGAGCAUAAGGCAGCCAGGCAGUUGGGCUUCAUCAUCGCAGCGUUCCUGCUGUGUUGGAUUCCGUACUUCAUAGCCUUCAUGGUGAUGGCGUUCUGCAGGGAGUGCGUGCACCACGACCUGCACAUGUUCACCAUAUGGCUCGGCUACUUCAACUCCACCCUCAACCCUUUCAUAUACCCGCUCUGUAAUAGGAAUUUUAAACGAGUCUUCAAGAAUAUUCUGCACAUCAACUUGUGACAGUGGUUUCAGCACAUCCGCUACAGUCUCGUAUUGAGCCUUUUAUACCCUUUUGGGAAAAGGGUGUCAC